AUGCCCCCAGACGAUGCUCCCCGAUUCGCUUUCGUGUCCGAGAGCAAUCAAGCAGAUGCCCGAAGCCAUGCGAUGCGCGAGCAUUGGAGACAACGACACAGCCGCAACAAUAGUGGCAAGAACAAAAGGAUUCACCCAAAACUUCUACCUAGUCCGGCAUCUUCGUCUUCUGCAGGCCGAGUUCUGAAACCUCGGAAUAUUUCUAGCCGAGACCGUUCAACCCGAAGCUAUGGCUCCCAGGGAUCGCCGGCUAAGCAAUCGGAAGCUACGUCUAGCGAAAUGGAACUCAUUCGGGCUGACGGAGACAACCCGAUCGGCAUUACUCCACAGCUCUUGAAUGGAAUGAGCGAUGCUCUGUCAACUUCGAGACUUGAUCCUUUUCAGCAAUUUCCGGUGGAGUUGACACCCCUGCAUCAUAAGCUACUGCAUCACUGGAUUGGAACACAUGCUACAAUGAUGUUCGAAGACCUUGAUAUUCCAACUUUCAACCCAAUGAAGGAUGUUUGGUUCCCACUAGACCUGUCAAACGCAUCAUCCUUUAACGCUAUCAUGGCCCACUCCGCAGCUCACUUAUCCCACCUUUAUGCGGGGACAAGCCCUCAAAGAGGGACCAACUCAUCGGACGCCUUGAAGUUUAAAUCCGAGGCAGUGAGGAUACUCCAUGAGUGGCUCUCUAUUCCAGAAAAAGCUCUCAGCUAUGAUGCAUUUGCGGCUGUUAUCCGCCUUCUAACAUUUGAGAGAUACUGGGGCACGGCUGAAGAAUGGAAUAUUCACCGCACCGGUCUCCACAGAAUGAUAGAAGCUAAAGGUGGAAUCGGGGAGCUCCACGGUAACUGGCGUCUGGAGCUUGUUGUCUACCUCGUAUCUCUCAUGUCCAAGCCGUCCUGGUUCGAGUCUACAAACAACAUCUCCGAAAUCUCCGAGCCGUCCGCUAACGCCUUCUCACUCGACCCAACCCUGGAUAUCCAGAAGAUACGCUGCCUUUGGUUGAUAUCGUUCAUCCAAGACAUGCCCUUUGGCAAGCUUCCGUCGGUAAUCUGCGGCCAUUUCUACUUCACCACAUGCUGGAGUGCCAUCUAG